UUCCGCGCAUAGUCCAAGCAGCUCUUUCCGCGUUCGGUUCGCAUCUCCACCAGAAGUAUUCCUGCAGUUCCCGUAGUUCCUUUCCCCUCUUUGAAUCACCAUGUGGUCGAAGGUUGCCAUCAGCGGAGCCCUGCUAGUCAUGGGCGGCGUGCUCUCCAUCAGCGUGGUGGACAACUUUGCCUAUGUGGAUCGCUCCCUGCCAGUGGCCAUGCCGCAGGCCAAGGGUCUGGUGGCCAAGGAUUAAGGCUACGACUUGGAGGAAGCAGCAGUGUAGUCCAAGUGUGGCCUUGGGAAAGUCUUAACUAUUCCAGCUUGUCUUUAAGCUCGACUUAGUUGAGGUUUCCCCAAAAAAAGAAAGAACAAUUCAGCUUUAAUUUAUGUUUUUUGUUUUAUUUUUUUUGUUUAAUAUAACAUAAAUCAUUAAGUUCUUAAUGUGUAAGCAAUAAAAUAUUUAAGAUCUAAA